AUGAAAACCAAGCGAAAGCUUCAGAGCGAUAUUCCAAAUGCUGGCCCUUCAUCCGCGCUCUCUACUCUACCCGUCGACGCUUUGCCAUGGAAGACCAUCAAGACGACCUCCUUCUCUGGGCUCGAUGCGGGGGGCGGUAUGAUGAUGCUUGAGGAGCUUGACGAUGUGGCCGUCGAAUGGGUCCAGGAUGAGGGUGGAGCUAAGAAAGCUCGUUUCAUUCCUGCUCCAAACUCUAAAGGUAAAGGAAAAGCUAAGGAGACCAAGAAUGGGAAGAGAAUAGCAGAGGCAAGUAAUCAGGGUAUUGAUGGUGAAGACGAGGACGAGACAAUCAACGAAGAUCAGGAGAUCACAGGGGACGACGAGAUACCGUCUUUCAGCAGAGUCGAAGAGGAGGAUAUGAAUGAAGUGGACCAAGAAGAUCAUCUGGGCGAUGAAGCUUUUGACGAUACUCUUCUUCCUCAAUGGUCCUCCAUACCUCUGCACCCUAUCUUGAAACGGUCUCUCUCAAAACUUGGCUUCACCAAACCCACCGAUAUCCAAGCUCGAGCCCUUCCCGUGUGUUUGGCAGGGAGAGAUGUUGUAGGUGUUGCCGAAACUGGGUCAGGAAAGACUCUUGCCUAUGCCCUGCCUAUACUAUCAUACCUUUUACGAAAUCCUAGGGCAACAACGUCAAAACGCACUCUCUCUUCCCUAAUCUUAUGUCCCACACGCGAGCUGGCCCUGCAAGUCGUCGACCAUCUCAACACAGUCAUCCGACAAACGUUCCCUGAGAAAAAAGGUCCACCUCGUAUAAGCGUAGGAAGUGUCAUCGGUGGUCUGAGCGCACAGAAGCAGCAACGAAUCCUCGAUAGAGGCUGUGAUGUAUUGGUAGCCACGCCCGGACGACUAUGGGAUCUCAUAAAGGCAAACGAUGAUCUUGCUGCUGAGAUCAAAAGGAUACGAUUUCUAGUCAUAGACGAAGCGGAUCGCAUGAUUGAGAACGGACACUUCGCCGAGUUGGAAAGUAUCGUUCGUCUGACAGAACGACAAUCACGCCUAUCAGGUAGAGGCGCUGCGGAGGAAGAAGAUCCUGUGUUUGCUGCUACUUCGUCACUCGACGACGUAUCGGCCAGGUCAGAUAUGCAGACCUUCAUCUUUUCCGCCACUCUGUCAAAAGAUUUGCAGCAGAAUUUCAAGAGAAAGAAACGAGGGUCUCAGAAGGGGGACAAGAAAUCUUCGGCUCUAGAGGAUCUGGUGGAGAGGCUCGAUUUUCGAGAUAAGAACCCUGAAGUUAUCGACCUGAGCCCAGAAGGUGGUGUGGUGGCUAUGCUCAAGGAGAGCAUGAUAGAAUGUGUCCUUAGUGAGAAGGAUUUGUUCUUGUAUUACUUCCUUCUUCGCUAUCCUGGCCGAUCUUUGGUAUUCGUGGGAAGUAUAGACGGUAUACGACGACUGGUACCCUUAUUUGAACUAUUACGAGUCCCCGUAUGGCCUUUACAUUCUCAAUUGCAGCAAAAACAGCGUUUGAAGAAUCUUGACAGGUUCAAAACCUCCAAAAACGGCAUCCUCAUCGCCACUGAUGUAGCUGCCCGAGGACUUGAUAUCCCUCAUGUGGAUCAUGUGGUCCACUUCAACCUUCCCCGAACUGCAGACGCAUACAUCCAUAGAUCGGGACGUACGGCCCGAGCUCAGAAUCCGGGUUUCGCUCUGCAACUAGUUUCCGCUGAAGACAAGAAUGUUCAGAGAAGUUUAAUGAGAUCUCUAGGUCGAGACAUCGACAUUCCCGAUCUACCUAUCGAAGGUGGUUUCCUUCCCAAAUUAAAAGAACGUAUUCGAGUAGCGCGAGAAAUUGAAAAAGCUCAACACGGAGUUAAGAAGGAGAAUCAUGAUCGUAAUUGGUUACGUGAGGCUGCUGAAGCUAUGGAUGUGGAUAUAGAUCCUAGCAUGUUAUCUGACGGAGAUGAUCCUGAUGCACCUUUUGCCAAAUCUCAAAAUAUCGGUCGGUCUGGUAAAGUGGUGGAACUAAAGGAAGAAUUGAAUCGGUUGUUGGCGGAACCUCUCAUCGCUCGUGGUGUAUCAGCUCGAUAUCCUACCAGCGGGAGUAAAGUUAUUGUUGGGGAUUUACUUUCUGCCAGAGGUCAUCCUACACUCCUCGGAGCAUCAUCAACAUCAGCAUACGACGAAAUUCAAUUCGCAAAGAAAAAAAAGCCCAAGCUAUCGGCAACAGGUGAAAGACGUUCGAAACAAAUUCAUCGAUGA